UAUGUAAAUCUCAUUUUAAUUUUGGCGUUGAAUGACUUAUUUGAGAAAUACUGAGAAGAUGACUUAAACAGCUAAUAAGUUUUUUAAACAUGAAUUUCAAGUUUAUCUUUUGCUUUUUUAUUUCGAUCAUUGUAUUUACAACCUCAUCUCUUGGGGACGAUAAUCACUUUGAUGAAGAAAGAGAUGAUGACACAAUUAACGAUGCUCCUUAUUCAAAAGGGGUGAAAGGUGGAGUAAAAGGCGGAGUAAAGGGUUCCAGAAAAAUUCCUUACAAAAAGAAGAUUAAAAUUGGUUGCACUCCGACACCUGAUGCACCAAUUAAUGGCGAUAUUAAUUGUUCCACCAAUGGAUCUUCCGUCCGUGAUUGUCGAGCAACGUGCAAGACAAAUUAUCAAUUUCCGAAUGGAAAAACGGAACUUUUGUUAAUUUGUCAAGAAGAAGAAUGGCAAGUUGAGGCAAAUGAAUGGAAAUCAUUACCACAUUGCGAACCAAUUUGUGUGCCUCAGUGUCAAAAUAAUGGAAUGUGUAUUGCUCCAAAUCAGUGCGAUUGUCCGGAUAAUUUUUCUGGACCUCAGUGUCAGUAUGAAAAUAAACCUUGUUUGAAUUUGCCACCAGCGAUAUUGAAUUCCAAAAAACAAUGCAAUACCAAACGAUGCACCAUCGAAUGCUUGAAAAAUCACACUUUUCCGGACGGAUCUUCAAUUACGAAUCUCGUUUGUAAAGAUGGAAAUUGGCAGCCAACACGAGCCGAUUGGGUUUCUAUUCCUGAUUGUAUUCCCGUUUGUUCUCCGCCUUGCAAAAACGGAGGUAUUUGUCUUUCAAUGAACACAUGUCAGUGUCCACAAAAUUUUCGAGGCUCUCAAUGCCAAUAUCUUGAAGAUACGUGCACUGCUGACAAAUUGGGCUUCAAUGGUGGUUACCAGUGCAGUAGCGAGGAAGAUUCAUAUUCAUGUGUAAUUCACUGUUCACCAGGAGUUGAUUUUGAAUUUCCACCGGCUGUGAAGUACACUUGUAUGUAUGAUAAAGGAAUUUUCGAGCCACAUCCAAUUCCUCAGUGUCUAGAAGAAAAUGGAAUGAAAUUAUUGCCAAUGGACAAAGAAAAAACUCCCGCCUACGAUUUAUUCAAUAAGGGAAAUUCUUCUGGAGUUCAAAAAGGAGCCUAUCAAAAUAUUUACCCUUCAACUUUACAUCAUGACUUUGACAAUACGUUCAAAGGACAAAAGAAACCUCACCACAUUUACGACACGACGGAAAAUAAAGUGACUUUCAUAGAAAAUAAAAGACCAGAGCCAAGAAUGUGCAUCACGUGGAGUGGUAUUCACUAUAAAACGUUUGACGACGAGAUUUUUAGCUUCGAAAGCGAAUGCGCUUAUACAUUAGUGCAAGAGUCGCAAAAUGGACUUUUCACCAUAACAAUGAGAAAUAAUCCUGAAUGUAAAACAUCGUCAGGAUUAUGUCAUCGAAUAAUAAGUAUCUUCAUUCAAGGCAAGGAAUACACAAUUUCACGGAAUAAUCACGGAAUUCCGGAACUUCAAAGUGCGAGGAAAGUACUUCCGAUACCAAUUCAAUUGCCAAAUAUUCGUGCUGACUGGUCGGCUCAUUUUGUCGUCGUUAAUUUAGAUACAAUGGGAAUUAGUCUAAAAUGGGACGGUGAUUUAUUGGUGCAAAUUGAAGCGUCCGAGUCACUUUGGAAUAAAACUGUUGGACUCUGUGGUAAUAUGAAUGGAAAUAUUGACGAUGAUUUGAUAACGAAAGAGGGGACGAGACCGAAAAGUAUCGCCACAUUUGCCAGCAGUUGGAAAAUACAAAAUAUUGGAGAAAUUUGCGACGAAUAUCCAAAUAUCGAUCACUCGUGUGUGUCGAAUGUGAAAUACGAUCAGGAAGCUACGGAAUUCUGCACAAAAUUGUUAUCUGAUCCAAAAUAUCAGGCUUGCUCGAAGGAAAUUGAUUUAAAGGUAUUGCACGUGACGUGUCGUUGGGAUUAUUGUGCUUGCAAAAAUUCUGACAGACGAAAAUGUGCUUGCGAUACAAUGAGCGUUUACGUUCGACAUUGUGCUCAUCGGGGAAUUGUCACUUUACCCGGAUGGAGAAAUAAUGAUACAUGUCCUCUGAAUUGUUCAAACGGAAAAGUGUACAUGUCCUGCGGUCCAAAGACACAUCCAUCGUGUGGCACCGAGUUGACUUCGAAAACAGACGGCGAUUCGGAUUGCGAGGAAGGAUGUUUUUGUCCGAGCGGUUCAGUGUUACAUGAUGGAAAGUGCAUCUCGCCGGAGGAAUGUCCCUGUCGAUUGAAGGGAAAAUUUUUUAAACCCGGUACAAGUAUGGCGAAGGAUUGUAACACUUGUACGUGUUCGUCGGGAAAAUGGAUUUGCACUGAAACGCGAUGCAAAGCGAGAUGUUCGAUAGUUGGCGAUCCGCAUUACACGACUUUCGAUGGAAAGCGAUUUGACUUUAUGGGACAUUGCUCGUAUUAUUUGAUGAAAGGUGCAAAUUACAGUAUCGAAGUGGAAAAUGCAGCUUGUUCCGGCGCUAUUUCCGAAAGCAUGGGAUUUUCAUCGCCAACUUCUGAUUCGCCUGCAUGCACGAAAACAGUGACAAUUCGCAUCAAGAAUAGAGCGAUAAAACUAAAGCAAAAUCGACAAAUUUUAAUCGAUGGGGAGGAUGUGACGAAAUUUCCCACUACAAUAGCCAAUGUGAGGCUUCAAAUUGCCAGCAGUAUUUUUAUAGUUGCACGAUUGCCGAACAAAUUGGAAAUUUGGUGGGAUGGUGUCUCUCGAGUUUAUAUAAAUGCUCCGCCAGAAUUUCACGGACAAACGAAAGGUUUGUGUGGAACAUUCAACUUGAAUCAAAAAGACGAUUUUCUCACUCCUGACGGGGAUGUGGAGCAAACGGUGAUUCCAUUCGGUAAUAAAUGGAAAACAAGUGAAGAAUGUCCGACUGUUAAAAAAGAAUCCAAUCAUCCGUGUGAUGUUAAUCCACAAAAAAGAAGUUCUGCAGAAGCGCAUUGUUCGCAAUUAUUGAAGAAUACCUUCAAAGACUGUCACUGGAGUGUCGAUCCAGAGCCAUUUUACAAGGACUGUUUGUACGAUAUGUGUGCUUGUGAAACGAAUAUCGAAUUGUGCCUUUGUCCGACAUUCUCGGCUUACGCCAAAGAAUGUGCCCACGAAGGAGUGAAAAUUCUAUGGCGCCACGAUAUUGAAGAAUGCCGAAUUCAUUGCUCAGGUGGACAAGAGUAUCAGAUCUGUGGUAACAGCUGCGCCAGGACUUGCGAGGAUAUUUCUUUUAAUCACGAAUGCCGACAAGAGUGCGUGGAAGGUUGCAAUUGUCCCGUUGGUCAAACUUUGGACAACAACGGUGAGUGUAUUCCAAUUGGAGAGUGUCCCUGUUUUCACAUGGGUCUUGAAUUUUCCGCUGGAUAUCGUGAAGUAAGACCUGGAGUCAAGGGUCAGGAUUUAUGCACUUGUGCAGGUGGUGUAUGGAACUGUCAAUUGGCGACUAAGGAAGAAAUCGACGAAUUUCCGGCAGUUGCGGACAUUAAAUUCUCCUGCAGUUCGAAAUUAAAUUUGGAAGUGACGAGUUGUAAACCAUUUGAGUUGAGGACGUGUCGAAAUAUGCACGAAUUCAUUGCGGAAAAUCCAACUAUUUGUAAACCUGGUUGUGUUUGUAAGUCGGGAUACGUUUUAGACGCACCGAGUGGAGUUUGCGUCAAGGAAGAAGAUUGUCCUUGCUAUCACGGAGGACAGAGUUACAGUGAAGGUUCAACAAUGCAAGAAGAGUGCAAUACUUGUAAAUGUGAAACUGGCAAGUGGACAUGUACCGAACGCCUUUGUCCAGGAAUAUGUUCCGUCUGGGGUGACUCGCACUAUAAAACUUUUGACGGAAAAUUAUUCGACUUCCAAGGUGUUUGCGAUUAUGUUCUAGUCAAAGGAAGUUUGAGUAGAGAGGAAGGAUUUGACAUUACAGUUCGUAAUGUUCCUUGCGGAACAACCGGAGUCUCGUGUUCGAAAUCGAUAACUUUAACCGUUGGUCAGGAGUCCGUUACUUUGACGAGAGGAAAGAAAUUACCGAAGACAAAUUCAAAGAGAAUUGCAUUUAGACAAGCGGGUCUUUUUGUAUUUUUGGACGUUCCAGAUUUGGACUUGGUACUUCAGUGGGAUCUAGGAACUCGAGUGUACGUGAGAUUGGAUCCAAAGUGGAAGUCGCGUACAAAAGGUCUGUGUGGCGAUUUCAACGACAAUAGCGAAGACGAUUUUAAAACGCCUUCGGGAGGAGUGUCGGAGGUGUCUGCCAAUCUUUUCGCCGAUUCAUGGAAGAAAAAUAACUAUUGUCCCGAGCCAAAGGACAUUCAUGAUCCUUGUAAAAAAAAUCCCGAGCGACGAGUUUGGGCCAUUCAAAAAUGUGGAGUUUUAAAGUCAUCUCUCUUUAAAAAGUGUCACUCGGAGGUGGAUGUUAAUUCUUAUAUUGAAAAUUGCAUCUACGAUACUUGCGGUUGUGAUUCAGGCGGUGAUUGCGAAUGUCUUUGCACUGCUUUGUCGGCCUACGCUCAAGAAUGUAAUUCGAGAGGAGUUGCUAUAAAAUGGCGAUCACAAAGUUUGUGUCCCAUUCAAUGUGACAAGACUUGCAGUUCUUAUUCGCCGUGUAUUUCAACUUGUCCUCAAGAAACUUGUGAUAAUUUAUUUACACUGAAAGAUUCGUCACAUUUGUGCGGUCAGGAUAAUUGCGUCGAGGGUUGUUUAACGAAACCGUGUGAAAAGGGACACGUUUACGCAAAUGCUAGUUAUUUAGAGUGUGUUCCCAAGGAAGUUUGCAAUCCUAUUUGCUUGGAAAUCGAUGGGGUAACUUAUAAAGAAGGAGAUAAGGUGAAAGGAGACGAGUGUCACACUUGCUUUUGCAGUCGGGGAAAUGUAAUUUGCAAGGGCGAACCUUGCACGACAGUUGCGCCAAAACCAACAAUUCCAAACGAGGAGUCACGAAAAUGUACUGACGGAUGGACACCGUGGCUAAAUAGAGAUGUUCCUAUCAAGGGGAGAAAAGUUUUUGACAUUGAACCAUUGCCAUCGUCAAUUGAACUGCUCCAGUUGUCUUCAGUCGUCUGUUCUCCGGAGGAAAUGGUCGAUAUUAAGUGUCGAACUGUUGGAUCGCACAAAACUCCAAAAGAAACAGGAUUAGACGUCGAGUGCAGUUUGGAAAGGGGACUUUACUGUCGGUCCAAGCCAACUGAACCUCCUUGUGCAGAUUUUGAAAUUAGCGUUUUGUGCCGUUGUAAUCAAGAAACGACGCAAUUUGUAACGACGACGACGACGACUCAGAUAUCAACAACGUGUGAUGUUAAUCGACCAAAUCAAAUACAUCCAACCGAUUGUCAUUUAUUCUACCAGUGCGUUCCUCAAGUAGAUGGAACGAAAUUAGUAGAAAAAACUUGUGGUCCCAAUAUGUUUUACAAUCCUCAAACUCAAAUUUGCGAUUGGCCAAAGAGUGUUCUUCUAAUAAGACCCGAAUGCUCCUUUAACGUAACAACGGAAAAGAUUUUCGUUAAAGAAACUAUUGCAACUGUCGGUUAUGAAAUAUGUAAACCAGGUGAAUUUUGGAAUAAAUGCGCUGUACAGUGUUCGAAGACUUGCGAUUAUUAUAGACAUUCUCUGGAAAAGGAUGGAAUUUGUAAUGAUGUUUCCGAUUGUAUACCAGGUUGCACACCGAUUGAUGAACCGCUGUGUCCAGCAAAUAAAUUCUGGCGUGAUAAAACUACUUGUGUGAGUAUUUCCGAUUGUCCGUGUAUCUCGCAUAGAGAGGAACUCGUCAAACCUGGAAUGGUCGUUCAUGAAUCGAACUGUGAAAAAUGUCAAUGUAUAAAUAAUUAUUAUACUUGUGACAAAUCCUCGUGUGUGGAGAAUGUAACGGAAAUUCCAAUGCACUGCGAUGAGGCGCAUUUUAUUCCUCUCGUUAAUGGUAGAAAUCCUUUACCCAGUGGAGCAUUUAAGUCCAGCAGCAUUUUGAGCGAAAAGUACAAACCAUCGUUUGCGAUAUUGAAUAAUAAAGUUUCUGAUCAUUCCGCUGGAAGUUGGUCUCCGAGGGAAAUGAACAGAAAUCAAUGGAUUUCGGUGGAAUUUCCUAAAGCGACAGCAAUUUAUGGAAUAAUUACUCAAGGAAGUCCGUUUUAUAAAGAAUUUGUCGAAUCGUUCUAUAUUUUCUAUUCGCCGGACGGAGAUAUUGAAAAUUUUAAACCAUUGAAGACGAGUCUAAAUACUCCUAAGCUAUUUAAAGGAACUCACAGUCCAAUUGUUACCAGUAAAUUUGUCUUUGAUGAUGCGAUUCUGGCAAAAAUUGUCAAAAUUAAACCUGAAAGUUGGUCAAAUGCAAUUUCGAUUCGAUUUGAACUUUUGGGUUGCCUCAAUCUUAGUGAAUCCACGUCACCGACCACUGAGAGAGAAACGACUUUAAUUGUAACGAGUACAGUCUCUCCGCCGAAAGUCUGUGAAAAGGAAAAUUAUAUUUGGUUGACGAAACUAGUGCCGAAAGAUUUUCUAUCAUACGCUGCGAGUAGUUCCAAAGGUUUAUCUCACAAACCUGAAAAUUCGGUUUUAAUGGACAAAUCGACGAAGGAUCCGUUAAAUCUAAAGAAUUGGCAACCACAAUAUCUUGACAAGAAACAAUGGCUGGAAAUUAAAUUAGCGAAACCAGAGGCACUUUAUGGAAUUAUUUUACAAGGAAGCUCGUCAGAUGAUAAAUACGUGACAAGCUAUCAUUUAAUGUACUCUGAAAAUGGUUUAGUGUUCUCGUAUAUAAUCGAUAAAAACGGAGAUCCAUUUGUUUUUCAAGGACCGAUUGAUAAAGUAAAACAGGUUCAGCAGAUUUUCAAUCAACCGAUUGAGGCUUCAUUUGUUCGGAUAGUUCCGCAAACGUGGCACAAAGGAAUCGCUAUCCGAGCACAAUUACUCGGCUGUAAUCACAAUAAAGAAAUAUCCGAGCCGACAAACAUAAUGGCAACUACCACUGAUACUAUUUUCAUUGGAACGGAAAUUCCUCCAGUCUGUAACGAUACAAUGGGUUUGGAUAAUGGAAUGAUGUCGGAUGAACAAAUAACUUCGUCGUCGUCUUACGAGAAAUUAUUGCCAAAUUUAAAAUUAUCAACUGUGGGAAUAUGGCGAGCAAAAUUGGACAAUUUGGAACAAUUUGUUCAAUUUGAUUUCUUGGAAGCGAAAAAUAUAACUGGUGUCGAUACUAAAGGAGCUGAUAAUAUUUGGACAACUGCCUAUAAAAUAUUCUACAGUAUCGAUGGUAAACAAUGGAAUCCAGUUGUUGACGAUUUUUCCAAUGAAAAACUAUUCUUGGCGAAUAUCGACGAUAUUUCUGUGAAAACAAAUUAUUUCACUCGUCCUUUAAAUGCGAGAUUCCUCAGAAUACAUCCCGUCAAGUGGCACAAUCACAUUGGUCUCAAAGCUGAAAUUCGAGGAUGUUUCGUACCAUAUGCUAUAGUGACAACUUCAAAACCACUCGAGAAAUUAGUGUCAAAACCGCCGGAUGUAAAUUGCAAUGUCUGUUCUGGAAUUAAUGUUUCAACGAAGGAAAAUUGUAAUUGUUCAAAUUCACUUUGGUGGGACGGAGAGAAUUGCGUUGUAAAUGACGAAUGUCCUUGUGUUGUUGGACACAUGCCAUACGCAGUUGGUUCGGUUUAUGAAACGGAAGAUUGUCAGGAGUGUCUGUGCACGAUGGGAGGCAUUCCAACUUGUCGUGAGAAAAUUUGUGAACCUUGCAAGGAACCACAUUUCCAAUCAAUCGUCACAGAAUUAUGUGGAUGUGUCUGUAAACCCUGUCCACCUGGCACUCGACUUUGUCCCACAAGUAAUGUUUGUAUCAAUGAAACAUCCUGGUGCAACGGAAUUCAAGAUUGUCCAGACGAUGAGAAAAAUUGUGCAGUUUCCACAACUUUGACGCCGUUGGCGACGACAAUUGCAGUGAAAACAACAAUUGCUCCUCAGGGUGAGUGUGAAAAACCAACGUGCCCACCGGGUUACAAAGUGGUUCAGAAAAAAAUAAGAAGACCCAAUAAAUAUACAAGCAGAUAUGCGGAAUAUCGAUAUGGACAAAGAGGCGGAAAUUCCGGAGUGAAGGGCACGAAGGGAGGAAAUUACGGAGUCAAGGGAGGAAUUAAAGGCGUUAAAGGGGGCAAUCGAGGAGUAAAAGACGAUAAUCGAGGAGUAAAAGGCGGAAAUAGCAAUUAUAGAGAGGAGAAAGAUAAAGAAUUAGAACAAGACAUCGAGUGUCCUCAAUUCUCCUGCAUUUCCAAUCGACCGCCACCCGAUUUCGAAGGACAAAAGCCGAAGACGUGUCCAAAAAUUGAAUGUCCGCCGAGUUAUGAAAUAAUUUUCGAAAAAAUGAGUAUGUACAAAUUUGAGGAUUGUCCACGAUAUACUUGUCGACCACCACCGCCAACCGAAGUCGACUGUAAAGUUAAUGGCCGAACUUUCAAUACUUUCGACAAUAUGGAAUACAAAUUUGAUAUCUGCAAUCAUAUUUUAGCGCGAGAUCGUUACGCCAAUCGUUGGUAUAUUUCAGUGGAGAAGAAGUGUUCAGGAAAUCAUCGACCUUGCGAAAGGGAUUUAGUAAUCGUUAUGGACAACGAUUUAUUUAUACUCUAUCCCGACAUGCAUACAAUGAUAAAUGAUUUUGCAUUCACUCCAACUCAGAUGAAACAAUUUAACGAUAAAAAUAGUGGAAUUUACCGAAUAUCGAGAGUUGGUGAUGUGUUGUACUUUAUAUCCUAUCGCUAUGGUUUCUGGGUGAUAUUCGAUUCAAACUCGAAUGUGAAAAUUGGAAUUUCUGUGAAAUUAUUCGGACAAGUUGACGGUUUGUGUGGAUUCUUCGAUGGAAAUUUAAAUAAUGAUAGACAAAAGCCAGAUGGAACGGAGGCUAAAGGAGCUUUGGAUUUUGGUAACAGUUGGAUUAUUGACGGUACACCGGAAUGUGAACUGCAGGUGUGUUCCAAAGACGUUCAGGAGAAAGCUUGGAAGAUGUGUAAUGCGGUGAAGGACCGUUCAAUGGCUGUUUGUUUCGGAGUUGUGAAUUUGGAUCAAUUUGUUUCUCGCUGUUUGGAAACUGCUUGCACUUGUUUGCAGAGUAAUUCGACUUUCGACGAUUGCCGAUGUCGAAUAAUGACCUCAUUUGUCACGGAGUGCCAAGCCAGUGAUCAGGACAUUGAUCUCUCCAAUUGGCGAAAUAUUCAUAAUUGCCAAAUUGAUUGCAGAGCUCCACUUGUUCACCAUGAUUGUUUCAGACACAAGUGCGAGAUUUGUUGUAAUACUUUACAAGAAGUAGAUCCGUGUCCAAAAAUGAAGGGCGUUUGUUUCUCCGGUUGCUUUUGCCCUGCGGGAAUGGUUCGAAAUGGUGAGGACUGUGUGCAUCCAACCGAAUGCAGAGAUUGCAUUUGUGACGGAUUUGGUAACACAAAAUUCGUCACUUUCGACAGAAAGAAUUUUGUUUUCGAUGGCAAUUGUACUUUUGUUCUGUCACGCGACGCUGUUAAUAGUGUUAAAAAAGAACCUAGUAGCCACACUUAUCAGAUUCUUGUCACGAAACAGCCUUGCGAUUCUGGUGUUUGUACAGAAUCAAUUACCGUUCUGUACCAAUCUCACGUGAUACAGAUUAAAAAGGAUCUGAACCUGAAGCAGUUCCUAAUUUUUAUUGACGAAACACUGAUUAAUGAUUUACCUUACAAUGCACUGGGACUGAAUUUGAAGAAAUCGCUGGCAAACGACGUGACUUUGUUAAUUCCAGCAAUUCAGUUGGAAGUCGUUUGCAUCGAGCACGAUUUUGCUUUUACAAUCAGACUGCCGUCGCAAACUUUUGGAGGUGCAAUGGAGGGUCUCUGUGGUGAUUGCAAUGGAAAUCAGGACGACGAUUUCAAACAGCAAAAUGGAAAUAUAACAGAAGACGUCACGGAAUUUGGAUUAAGUUGGAAGGCAACGAAUUUGCCACCGAGUUUGAAGAUCAAUGACGAUCAUUGUAUAAGUAAACAGAAGAAAUGUUCGCAAUCUCCCGAGAACAGUUCGUGUAAAAAACUUUUAGAUUCAUUGGAAUUUGGACAGUGUCAUCGCCUCGUGGAUCCAGAACCAUUUUUAAUAUCUUGUGAGGAGACUUUCUGUAAUAACGGAGAUAUUUGUAAUGAUCUCGAAGCUUACGCAAGAACUUGUAAUCAUGCCGGGGUUUGUCCGAAAUGGAGAAGUAAAGAUUUGUGUCCAUAUUCGUGUCCUUCUGACUUGGAGUACAGACCGUGUGGGAACUUAUGUGUCGAGACUUGCGAAAGUAUAAGCUCGUUGGAACCGAAAAAAUGCCCCAAUGAAUUAUCUGAAGGUUGUUACUGUCCGGAGAAUGAGGUGAUGCACAAUGGAACCUGUAUUUCGAGACGAAAAUGUCUAAGUUGCGAUGACGAGGGACAUGUUGAGGGUGAUGUCUGGUAUCCGGAUAAAUGCACUAAAUGCACUUGCAAUAAGAAAGCUGUCACCUGCCAGAAAACCGAAUGCGUUACAACAGUUUGUCAAGAGAAUUACGUGUCCACUUUAGUUCCAGGAUCACAAAAUGAAUGUUGCUCGAAAUAUAUUUGCGUUCCAAACAAAGGUUCUAAUUUGUGUGAAGAACCACAAAAACCAACCUGUGGCUUUGGACAGAUUUUAAAAACGAGCGUAACUCCUGCUGGAUGUCAGAAAUUUAUUUGCGAAUGUCAACCAAAGGAGCAGUGUCCAGAUUUGAGUGAUAUAAUUUUAUUCGACGAUGAAUUAGAAGUUGGUUUUGUGCGUAUUUUAGACGACUCUGGUUGUUGUCCGCAACCGUCUAAAAUGUGCAAACCGGAAACAUGUCCACAAUUUAAGGAGUGUCCAAAAUAUUUUAAAUCCGUUGAACAAAAAGGGUCUUGCUGUAAUUUACACCAAUGUGUACCGCCUGAGGACUUAUGUUUGGUUUUCGAUUCAAAUGCAAAUUCAUCUGUGGAAAGCAUUACGCCAAAGAAAAUUGGAGAGAAAUGGAGAGAUGGAAAAUGUACGACAUGUUCGUGUGAUAUUGUAAAUUACAAGCCCAUGCCACAAUGCAUGACGAAGGAAUGUCCGAAAAUUCAGGAUCACCCAGACGUCAAUGAAUUCGUCCUUGAGGAAGUUAUUCUUCCAUACGAAUGUUGUCCUGUCUAUCAAAAAACUGCAUGUAAAGAUAAUAAUCAAGUUUACAAAGAUGGAGAAAAAUGGACACCAAAUCCACAGGAUGUUUGCGUCCUGAAAAAAUGUUCCAAUGGAAUAAAUGGACUGCAGAAGGAAAUCGUGAAGCAAGAAUGUAAUACAGUUUGUGACAAAGGAUAUGAAUAUCGACCAUCAUCGAAUACCAGUAUUUCCUGUUGUGGCGAAUGUGUCGGAAUUGCGUGUGUCAUUAAUGACGAUCUAAAAAAUAUUGGAGACAAUUGGCAAUCCGAUGAUCAUUGUGUUAAUUACACUUGUCAUUUGGAAAAUGGUUCUCCUCAAUUGAAAGCAUUCACUGAAAGCUGUAAAGACAUAGAUCCCUUCGAUGAGGAGAAUUUCGUUUUGGAAAGACAACCGAUUCCUGGAAAAUGUUGUCCAGAAAUAAUAAAAACAGCAUGUAGAUACGAAGGAAAAAUUUAUAAACCCGGAGAAAAAUGGAAAUCGCUAAAUGACAAUUGCACAAAUUUCGAGUGUGUUAGUCAACAUAAUCAGUUCUUAGUCACCAACAGUCCGAUGGUUUGUCCAGAAUUAAUAAAUUGUCCUAAAGAAUUUAUUUACAUUGAUGGAUGUUGCAAUAAAUGUAACACUUCUUCUCUUAAUAUUGAAAAAAUGUGUAUGGUGGAUGUAAUAGAUUUAAAUGCAACAAUUGGAAUCGUUGUCGAAAAACGAGGCUUUCAAUACUGCAAAAAUCUGAAACCACUUAAAGGCCUUACAGAAUGUCGUGGUUCCUGUUCAUCGUCAACGCGUUUUGAUCAAGUGACUUGGGGUCAAGAAAUCAAUUGUCGAUGUUGUUUGCCAACAAAUUACCAGCCACUUAUUGUCGAAUUAUCAUGUGAGGACGGAAAAACUUUUAGAAAGCAAAUAAUGACUCCCACAACCUGUUCUUGUGACAGUGCAAAAACACAAACUAAAAAUCGUAAGAUUGGAACCAAAGGAUAAUGUGAUUUAACAGAGUAUAAACUAGUUAUUUAAUACUUAAAGUAAAAUAAUAAAUAUUAAUAUAAAAGUAUAAACAUACUGUGGAUAUUUAAAACAAAAUAUUAAUAAAACGGACAAAAAUUUAGUUACCUUAA